CUCUGCUGUAUCGUAUUCCUCCCCGCGCAUGUCUCGGAGCAGGCAGGCUGGUGAACCACAGCUGUCUUCCAUACGCGCAGGUACAUACAUAAAAGAGGAACAGGCUGACGUCGUGCUCACUGACUGCAGUUCUGUCGUCGCGCUAACGCCGUGCUCAGCAUCACCGUAGAUGGAGGAAGCCGACGUAGUCCAGGCUCGCCUGGCCCUAAGCAGACGUCAAGAAAUGGCGGGAUUUAGUACCAUUGUGUUGCUUGCUGUUGAUAACAGUGAACCGUCGGAGUACGCUUUUAACUGGUACAGAGACUACAUACACCGGGCAGAAAACUAUGUUGUGUUACUACACUGUACCGACCACAAUAACCAAGACUUCCGUGACGCAAGUCCAGGGCGGACAAAAGCUAUGCUGAAAGAGUUGACAGAGAAAAUGAAAGCUAUUGAAGAGAAGUUUGGACAGUGGAUGCAACUGGCAGGUAUUCAUGGUAAAAUACGGAAAGGCAGUGGCAAGCCGGGUGAGGCCAUAGUGAAGGCAGCGGCGGAGGAAGGGGCGUGCAUGAUCGUGACGGGCACGCGUGGGCACGGCAAGAUCAAGAGAGCAUUCCUGGGAAGUGUCAGUGACUAUGUCGUUCACCACGCGCCCGUGCCUGUGAUCAUCUGCAGGUCGAAGGCUUGAGACGGUUGUCGGACAAAUACUCACUCUGCUACUUUUGGUGAAGCACAACAGACUCAGGCGUGGCACGUUUUGCUGGAGAAAAUCCCCAUGACGCCCUUACUGCCAUAGAAGGCCUCUGUCAUCCCAGCAAAUAGUUCACAAUCCGUGCCCGAAUACCUUAAUUAUAAGGCAUUUACACAUUUACAUGGUAGUCUCAUAUUCUAGGAGUUGUUCCGAAACAUAGUCCAGAUCCGUUUUUAGCCGGCCUAUUGAAUAAUAAGGUCGCCUUGAUCUAAAUACGCUUUUCAUGUCAUCAGUGUUGUCAAUGGUGGACAUUGUUUUAUGUCGUCAAACGAAAACCUUACAUGUUCUGUGGUCGUAGAUGUAUUCUGGGGGGUGGGCGUGGGGUGGGUGGUGGUGGGAAUUAAACAUAUGUUUCUAUCAUUUAAAACGGUCGUGAAAAUUCUAAAAUUGUCUUUGUCAGAGUCCCUGCCGAAUCCUUUCAACACCGUGCAAUGUAUUUGUAAUAUAUCGAAGGUCGCAGGCGCAGAUUCAAGGGGGUGCUGAGGGUGCUACACUUCCUCUGAAGUGUCCUGGAGGCCCAGAGGUUAUUGCAUAUAUAUAAUUAUAUAAUUAAUUUAUUCUAUCUAGAAUGGGGUAUGUAAUUAUAAGUAUGUUGGUCGGCUUGGAGGGUCAGUGAUAAUUAUUAGCGUCAUGCUUGACUACGGCAAAUGAGAAGUGAAGCAGCAUGAUGCUGUUGAACGUGAUGUCAGUGUGUGUGGUGUAGUGAGGCCGGGUAUGGGUUUGGCCUAAUCAACGAGCUGAUAUACUAUGGACCGGGUUCACUGAAACAUCUCCUUGUCAAAAUAAAUAUUGGUUGAAAAUGGUGAGCGCUAAAACAACAAACGAUAUCAAUGGCUAACAGCCAGAAUUUUUUUUUUUUAUUCCACUAGUUCGCUUUCUUUUUCUUCUUUAAAUGUAGAUUUAAUAAUAAUAGUAAUAAGGUGAUACAAAGUUGUAUAAUUUGAAACAGGAUGUUCUUUUCUUUAUAGUUCUGAAUUUUCUAGCUUUAAAACUGUUAAAACUGAAAAGCAUGUUCUGUUUGAAGGUUCACGCUGUUGGUAGUCAACUUAGUCUUUGGCUUUUUUCAUAGAAAUUGACCAAUAAAGCAAAUUUGGCUCUCUUUUUGGGUGGUAGGGGUGGGUAGGUGGGUGUGUGGUGUGUGUGAUUACAGCUAUUUUAGAUCCAGAGUGAGUCAUGUGAUUGUUAAGUCUCAAAAUUGUCUUAGGGUAUGUAUUGCAUUAGUACUUAAUUGUGGGUGAAAAAUUAUGUGACUAUUUUGUGGGUUGUGUUAAAAUUAAUAAGGUGUCAGUAACACAGAUUUCUUUUCAAUUUAUUCACGGUAGUGUUGAUUUUAAAAUAAAAUAAAAUAACACU